AUGUUUAUCGGCAUAUAUGCUGUUCUCUUCUCUUUGGUCACAGAAGCUGUUCUGGGACUGACACUGGAGCAAAAAGAUCUCUCCAUGACAAAAGAGGAGGGCAAAACGGUGUAUAUCAGCUGCAACGUGACCGGAUUAUCCAGUAGCGACUAUGUCCACUGGUACCAAAAGAAAGAAGGUGAAGGUCUCACAAGGAUCCUAUACAUCAAAAGUGGAAGCCAGGAAUCUGUUCCUGAUGCUGACAAUCUUGAAGCAAAGAACUUUGGUGUGAGGGUACAGUCUGAUAAUUAUGAUCUGAAGAUAGUAAACCUGAAGAAAAGUCAUUCGGCAGUUUAUUACUGUGCCGCGUGGGACAGCACCCACAGUGACAGUAAAUAUACAAAAACCAUGAUGAACCUGGCGAACGUGGACGGCGAGGCCCAGCCGGCCGCUGCACAAAUGUCUGUCAUGGACACCGCGCUAGACCAUGUCCAAGAUGAGGCCACGCCCCGAGUGGAAUGGGCUCUAACUCCUAUGGGGCUUUGGAGGCCCAGGGAGGAGUAUGCUAGCGCAAUAGCGUCAACUACCCAUCGAGAAAUUCUCUGCUUUGUGACCGGAGACCCUUUGGUGCGGCCCCCAAAGCACAAAAAGGGUUGUUCAGGGACGGUAGGGGGGCCGGGGCGGAUUAAGCCUCCUGGAACCCCUCAGGAAACGAACAACUAG